CUCGUCUCUGUUUUAGGGCCUUGGCCUUGUCGGUUGCAAGGCGUCUGGGCAUGGGCGACUGCGAACAGUAGUGACUGGCCUGGUCGGUUUCCCGGGGCACGUGCACAGAUAGGAUAAGUGGCGAAGAUCGUCGGAUAAGAUAAGGAAAUCUCUACGACCCGCCAAAGACUGCCGGAGUGCCCGACCUGCGGUGAUUGUGCCGGCCCGCUGGGGUGUCAGCUGCUGGCAACGAGGAUGUCAGAUGAGGGCGAGGUGCAGGUCCGUCCGGCACCCAGGGAUGGGGAGCCAGAGCGGGACGUGGAGCUGACCGGCUGCGGCGGCUCGCUCUGCUGCGACCCGCACCGUAACGUCCACCGUUUCGUCGUGUUGCCUAUCAUCUGCUUCAUCUCUUUCGGGUCGUAUUUCUGCUACGACGGUCCGGGUGCGCUGCAGGAUGACCUGAAGCGCGACAUGGGCGUCAACACGUCACAGUACUCCAACCUGUAUGCCUGGUACUCCUGGCCCAACGUGGUGCUCUCCAUGGUCGGCGGAUUUCUCAUCGAUAGGGUGUUCGGCAUCCGGCUGGGCGCCAUCAUAUUCGCCGGCUUCGUGUGCGUUGGCCAGGUGAUCUUCGCCUCCGGAGGCAUCCUGGACCUGUUCUGGCUCAUGGUGGUCGGCCGCUUCGUGUUCGGCAUCGGCGGUGAGAGCUUAUGCGUGGCCGUCAACACGUACUCCGUGCAGUGGUACAAGGGCAAGGAGCUGAACAUGGUGCUGGGCCUGUCACUGUCGGUGGCGCGCGCCGGUUCCACCGUCAACUUCAACGUCAUGAAGCCGCUCUACGACGCCGUCUCCGAAUCCUACUCGGGCUAUAAGGCCACCGGCGUCACACUGAUGAUCGCCGGCUUGGCCACCAUCCUGUCGCUGGUGCUGGCCGUCAUCAUGUGGUUCCUGGACAAGCGGGCUCAGGUGAUCUUGCGCCGGGACGAGGGCAAAACGGGCGAGGAGGUACACAUCACCGACGUCAAGGAUUUCCCCGUCAGCUUCUGGAUGCUCACCGCCAUCUGCGUCUUCUAUUACGCAGCCAUCUUCCCCUUCGUAUCGUUUGGACAGGUGUUCUUCAUCCGCAAGUUCGAGAUGACACCGGCCGAGGCCAACUCCUGCACGGGAAUCAUCUACAUCAUCUCGCUGGUGGCAUCGCCCUUCAUCGGGCUGUCCAUCGACUUCGCCGGCAGGAACAUCCUUUGGGUGAUGGUCUCGGUGUUGAUGACGAUCGGCUGUCACGCGCUGAUGGCCUUCAGCUUCAUCAACCCCUGGGUGGCCAUGUCGAUCCUGGGCAUCGCCUUCUCCAUGCUGGCCUCCGCUCUCUGGCCAAUGGUGGCGCUGGUUAUCCCGGAGCGGCAGUGCGGCACCGCCUACGGCAUUAUGCAGUCGGUGCAGAACCUGGGCCUUGCACUGGUCAACAUGCUGGGUGGCACGAUCGUGGACCACAGUGGCUACCUUGUCUUGGAGGUGUUCUUCCUCGCGUGUCUCUGCGUCUGCAUGGUGGCUAGUAUCGUCAUCUGGGUCAUGGACGACAUUAAGCACGACGGCUACCUGAACGGCAGCCGGAAACUCAAACAGCAGAUCGAGGAGCGGUGUCGCCAACGGGAGGCGGCCGAGGCCAAGGCGGCAGCUGAGUCGGCCGAGAAGCACGGCUUCGACAACAAGGCGGCCGAGUGGGGCGACGAGGACACCGAGAUGUAGCUGACGGUGCCGCGCCCGGUGGCGGCGCGGCCGCGUGCCCCGGGCCUGCGACGCGGUCGGAGCCCGAGCGGGCGCGGCGGCCCGGCGGCGGCCUCCCGCUGCCGCGGCCUUGGCGAGCGUCACCCCGUCAGCUCGGCGCUCACCAGACGUCCACCCGUCUCCGGUGCCGUUGGAAACAUGGCGCCAACGCCAAAUUGGUUCACCAAUUCGAGCUUGCUCGGAGCGGGAGUCGCUGACCAUGUACUCGGUGGCCAGUAGGUUGAUUGAUUCGUUUGGAUGCAUAUGCUCGGAAAACGUCCAGCCUUCAGCUCACUCACCUCUGGGAUAUGUUAUGACAGACGGACUGCGCGUAAUAUUCUCAUCGAUGAGGUCUUGAUGAAAACUCUUUAAAACUCUUUUAGAUCUGGUACGAUGCAAGCUUCACUGCGAGGUACGGUGU